AUGAAUAUAAAAGAUUUGCUACACAAUGAAAUUAUCAUAAUAAAAAUAACCGAAUUUUUGACCAUACUGGAAAUUCAGAAUUUAAUAAUUUCACUGAGGAUUAAUGUUAAGACGAACUUGUACUUUAUGAAUGAGUGUCUGUCCAUAUUGAUGGACAAGGAGUACACGGGGGAAGGGGAAGGGGAAGUGGAAGACGCGAAGGAAAAUUCAGGAGUAAAAGACAAUGUCGAAAGGACCGGUGAAGAGGCACCCCCCUCUUCAGCUAUAGCUGGGUCGAAUUUAGGUGAGAACCAAAAUGAUAGGCGUAGCCCCUUCGAGGAAAACGAAACACUUGAGGGGAAUCCCAAUUCGAGUAGCACCUCUGUACAAAAUGAGCCCCACCAGAACGGGGAAGUAAUCGAUUUGGUAACCUACGAAGAAGAGUGCGCGAAUAAUUUGGGGCACCCCCCACUCGAGGAAGCAACAAAGCGAAAGACAAAAUCAAAACAAAGAAAGUAUAAAAACUUCUACGAGAAAAACGUAAAAAAAGUUAGUAUCAUGCGACCAAUUAGGGAAUGCUUGAAUAUCCAUUUUUACUCGAAAGGGAAGAGACCGCUACAAAAUACAAACUCCCCAAAAGAAGGAAAGAGAUGGUUCAGAAAAAUUUGGCUGUACAUACAUCUGUACCACGAAAUAAUAGAUUUGAAAAAAAAAUUUAAAAAAGGAUUUUUUAAAAUAAAAAAUAAUGAAAUGGUGCCUAAAAGGAAGACAAAACGGUUUGAUCCUUUUCAGCUUUUCAAAAUUAAUGAAAAAUUUUAUUCCACUUUUGAUGCCCCUUGGGUUUCUAUAUAUUUCCAAUUCUGCUUAAAUGCCAUUUGCAUAUUUUGUCAACAGAAAGUUGAUAAAAAUUCCUUGUGUGUAUAUUCAGAGAAAAUUAAUUUAACUGUGUCAAAUAAAUUGCUUUUAAAUUAUUUUAAUCAUAUUAUAAAAUCGGGGGAGCGUAACAUCCACGUAAACAGGCAGGAUAAUAAUGGUCAGGCGAUUACAGAUCAGCCCACUGAAGGAGGAGUUGACGAAUUGGGGGAGCCCCCACAGAAAAGGAAAAAAAUAAGCAUUGAUUCUUCUGAGGAUUGUUACGAACUCGAUUGUGAGUCUAUCAAGGGUCAACACCGUGGUGAGGAUUCGGACAAUGAUGUUCCCAAGGAGGAUAACGCGGACGCCCGUUCGUCGCGUGGAAGUGUUGACAACCUUCCGGAGGAGGAGAAGAGCAAUACCAUUUCGAUGAAAGACGCGAAGGGUUUCUUCAUGGAAGAUCAUAACGGUUCAUGCUUCCUAAACGGUGCGAUGGAUUCCAUCUCCAUGGAAGACACGGAAGGUUCCCUUAUCAUGAGAGACAUGGAUGGGCACAUCCCCUGGAAAGACGCAAACGAUAGCACCUCCUGCGGGGGAGGAAGCACCUUCGGUGGCAUUUCAUGGCAGGGCACGAACGAUGACGCGCCACACCACCAGCAGCACGAACAACACAUUCAAAUCAGAGAAGAAUUCCUAGCCGUAAGGAAGACGCACAUUUUCUGCGACGAUUGCUCAAGGAUCCUAGAAUACAGAAUGAACAUCAAGUCCAUCUUUGAAGCGUUGAAAAAAGAUUACGAAUUGUUAGAAAAAUUGAAAAUCAUGUCCAAAACGUUUAAAAUCCCGAAACAUAUUUUUUGUUUGUGUAAUUAUUUCUUCUUUAAGGACAAAUAUAUUGUGUAUUUUAAAAAAGUUUCCAAUAAUUUGCAAAGUUUGAGAAAAAUAUUAAAAAAAAAAUUAAUAGACAACUUUAUAUUCACCUUUUCGCUAAAUUUUUACAAAUUUGUAAUUCGAGCACUGCUAACAUGUGAUGACAAGGAAGUUUAUCGUUUCGAGGACAUUUUCUUGUUUGGCUUUUACGUCAAAUAUAAGAAUUUACUUAGCAUGUUUAACAGCCCCAGGAUUAUUUAUGUGUACUACUCCUUCCAUGUCAUUUUGGAAAAAAUUAAAAAGCUUAAGCUUCUUUUUAGCCAUAAGCAUUUCUUAAAGUUGACCCAUGAUCUACACUUUGACGUCGUCGCGAUAAUUCAGAAGCUCAAAAGAUCUGAUGCCAAGAGGAUUUACACAGGCAUUUCCAAGUACAUAUACGAAAAUGUGAAUGAAGAAAUAUUUUCCAAGAGCAGCUACGAAGAACUCUACAUGCACUUUUUCCAGUGCGUCAAGAAUUACAAAUUUGUCUAG